AGUACGUUGAAGAGUGAAAAUCAUCAAUCAGGACUAAAGACACCGAGGAAUAAGUGAUACAACGAGUGUUUAGAUUCUCAAAUUUAUUGAAAAGUGUUGUGAAGUGUAACGGGUAAUUUAGAAAAAAACAAAAACACACAAAAUGCAUAUUCAACGAACAUUCGUAGUGUUAAGCAUUGCCUUUUAUUUCAAUGUGGCUGCUACAUUUGUGUGCCCAAAGUACGUGAGAGAUGGUUCCAGAGAGCCGUCCUCACUAUAUGCAAUGCCGCACAGCCCGACGGGUUAUGUGACGUGUGUUGGAAGGAUCAAAAUCGAGGCACACUGUCCGGAAGGUGCAGUGUGGAGUGAUAGUGCAAAAACGUGUAUACGACAGCAAUCCGCAACGGAAAUUAUUGAACGAUCAAGACGAAACACUGCUAUAGAUACGGAAACCACUUGUGCCACGGUUUGCCCGCAAGUUUUCGACCCGCGCAAGCUAGUUUUAGUGAACCAUGCAGCCUGUACGAAAUACAAUUUGUGCGUGCUUGGGCUGCUGUUGACAGUAUCGUGCCCGAAUAAUUUGAGAUUUAACAAGGAACUAUGCCAGUGUGAUUUUAAGGAAAAUGUAUACUGUGAAGGGGAAGAUCCAACGACAACAACAAUUGGUUAUGAAUCUACUACAACGGAAGCAAAUAUAAAAUCCACAACAGAAGAACCUACCACUGAAGUCACAGCAUCCGAGACUACAACUGAAGAACCCACAACAGAAGAACUUACCACUGAAGUCACAGCAUCUGAGACUACAACGGAAGAACCCACAACAGAAGAACCUACCACUGAAGUCACGGUAACUGAGUCGACUACGGAAGAGCCCACAACAGAAGAACCUACCACUGCAGUCACGGUCACUGAGUCGACAACAGAAGAGUCUACAACAAAAGAAUCUACCACUGAAGUCACAGCAUCUGAGACUACAACGGGAGAACCCACAACAGAAGAACCUACCACUGAAAUCACGGUAACUGAGUCGACUACGGAAGAGCCCACAACAGAAGAACCUACCACUGAAGUCACAGCAUCUGAGACUACAACGGAAGAACCUACAACAGAAGAACCUACCACUGAAGUCACAGCAUCCGAGACUACAACGGAAGAACCCACAACAGAAGAACCUACCACUGAAGUCACGGUAACUGAGUCGACUACGGAAGAGCCCACAACAGAAGAACCUACCACUGCAGUCACGGUCACUGAGUCGACAACAGAAGAGUCUACAACAAAAGAAUCUACCACUGAAGUCACAGCAUCUGAGACUACAACGGGAGAACCCACAACAGAAGAACCUACCACUGAAAUCACGGUAACUGAGUCGACUACGGAAGAGCCCACAACAGAAGAACCUACCACUGAAGUCACAGCAUCUGAGACUACAACGGAAGAACCUACAACAGAAGAACCUACCACUGAAGUCACAGCAUCCGAGACUACAACGGAAGAACCCACAACAGAAGAACCUACCACUGAAGUCACGGUAACUGAGUCGACUACGGAAGAGCCCACAACAGAAGAACCUACCACUGAAGUCACAGCAUCUGAGACUACAACGGAAGAACCUACAACAGAAGAACCUACCACUGAAGUCACAGCAUCCGAGACUACAACGGAAGAACCCACAACAGAAGAACCUACCACUGAAGUCACGGUAACUGAGUCGACUACGGAAGAGCCCACAACAGAAGAACCUACCACUGAAGUCACGGUCACUGAAUCGACAACAGAAGAGUCCACAACAGAAGAAUCUACCACUGAAGUCACAGCAUCCGAUACUACAACGGAAGAACCCACAACAGAAGAACCUACCACUGAAGUCACGGUAACUGAGUCGACUACGGAAGAGCCCACAACAGAAGAACCUACCACUGCAGUCACGGUCACUGAGUCGACAACAGAAGAGUCUACAACAAAAGAAUCUACCACUGAAGUCACAGCAUCUGAGACUACAACGGGAGAACCCACAACAGAAGAACCUACCACUGAAAUCACGGUAACUGAGUCGACUACGGAAGAGCCCACAACAGAAGAACCUACCACUGAAGUCACAGCAUCUGAGACUACAACGGAAGAACCUACAACAGAAGAACCUACCACUGAAGUCACAGCAUCCGAGACUACAACGGAAGAACCCACAACAGAAGAACCUACCACUGAAGUCACGGUAACUGAGUCGACUACGGAAGAGCCCACAACAGAAGAACCUACCACUGAAGUCACGGUCACUGAAUCGACAACAGAAGAGUCCACAACAGAAGAAUCUACCACUGAAGUCACAGCAUCUGAGACUACAACGGAAGAACCCACAACAGAAGAACCUACCACUGAAGUCACGGUAACUGAGUCGACAACAGAAGAGUCUACAACAGAAGAAUCUACCACUGAAGUCACAGCAUCUGAGACUACAACGGAAGAACCCACAACAGAAGAACCUACCACUGAAGUCACGGUAACUGAGUCAACAACAGAAGAGUCUACAACAGAAGAAUCUACCACUGAAGUCACAGCAUCUGAGACUACAACGGAAGAACCCACAACAGAAGAACCUACCACUGAAGUCACGGUAACUGAGUCGACAACAGAAGAGUCCACAACAGAAGAAUCUACCACUGAACUCACGGCAUCUGAGACUAAAACGAAAGAACCCACAACAGAAGAACCUACCACUGAAGUCACAGCAUCCGAUACUACAACGGAAGAACCCACAACAGAAGAACCUACCACUGAAGUCACGGUCACUGAGUCGACAACAGAAGAGUCUACAACAGAAGAAUCUACCACUGAAGUCACAGCAUCCGAUACUACAACGGAAGAGUCCACAACAGAAGAACCUACCACUGAAGUCACAGCAUCCGAGACUACAUCGGAAGAACCUACAACAGAAGAACCUACCACUGAAGUCACGGUCACUGAGUCGACAACAGAAGAGUUCACAACAGAAGAAUCUACCACUGAAGUCACAGCAUCCGAGACUACAACGGAAGAACCUACAACAGAAGAACCUACCACUGAAGUCACGUCAUCCGAGACUACAUCGGAAGAACCUACAACAGAAGAACCUACCACUGAAGUCACGGUAACUGAGUCGACAACAGAAGAGUCCACAACAGAAGAAUCUACCACUGAAGUCACAGCAUCCGAGACUACAACGGAAGAGUCCACAACAGAAGAACCUACCACUGAAGUCACAGCAUCUGAGACUACAACGGAAGAACCCACAACAGAAGAACCUACCACUGAAGUCACGGUAACUGAGUCGACAACAGAAGAGUCCACAACAGAAGAAUCUACCACUGAAGUCACAGCAUCCGAUACUACAACGGAAGAACCCACAACAGAAGAACCUACCACUGAAAUCACGGUAACUGAGUCGACUACGGAAGAGCCCACAACAGAAGAACCUACAACUGAAGUCACAGCAUCUGAGACUACAACGCAAGAACCUACAACAGAAGAACCUACCACUGAAGUCACAGCAUCCGAGACUACAACGGAAGAACCCACAACAGAAGAACCUACCACUGAAGUCACGGUCACUGAGUCGACAACAGAAGAGUCUACAACAGAAGAACCUACCACUGAAGUCACAGCAUCCGAUACUACAACGGAAGAACCUACAACAGAAGAACCUACCACUGAAGUCACGUCAUCCGAGACUACAUCGGAAGAACCUACAACAGAAGAACCUACCACUGAAGUCACGGUAACUGAGUCGACUACGGAAGAGCCCACAACAGAAGAACCUACCACUGAAGUCACAGCAUCCGAGACUACAACGGAAGAGUCCACAACAGAAGAACCUACCACUGAAGUCACAGCAUCUGAGACUACAACGGAAGAACCCACAACAAAAGAACCUACCACUGAAGUCACGGUAACUGAGUCGACAACAGAAGAGUCCACAACAGAAGAAUCUACCACUGAAGUCACAGCAUCCGAUACUACAACGGAAGAACCCACAACAGAAGAACCUACCACUGAAAUCACGGUAACUGAGUCGACUACGGAAAAGCCCACAACAGAAGAAUCUACCACUGAAGUCACAGCAUCUGAGACUACAACGGAAGAACCUACAACAGAAGAACCUACCACUGAAGUCACAGCAUCCGAGACUACAACGGAAGAACCCACUACAGAAGAACCUACCACUGAAGUCACGGUCACUGAGUCGACAACAGAAGAGUCUACAACAGAAGAACCUACCACUGAAGUCACAGCAUCCGAUACUACAACGGAAGAACCUACAACAGAAGAACCUACCACUGAAGUCACGUCAUCCGAGACUACAUCGGAAGAACCUACAACAGAAGAACCUACCACUGAAGUCACGGUAACUGAGUCGACUACGGAAGAGCCCACAACAGAAGAACCUACCACUGAAGUCACAGCAUCCGAGACUACAACGGAAGAGUCCACAACAGAAGAACCUACCACUGAAGUCACAGCAUCUGAGACUACAACGGAAGAACCCACAACAGAUGAACCCACCACUGUAGCCACAUCCAUUUCGACAGAGACGUCAUCUGAUCCGAUUACACUAUCUACCAUUGAAGUUACUGUGGAAGUAACAUCGGUUAGUACAUCAGCCCCAGAGACAACUACUAUCCCGUCUACGUCUUCCAGUACAGAGACAACACCAGUGACGGGUUCCCAAAUAGUAACUCAAAUAUCGAAAGCAUUCGAAAAAAUUUCGAGCAUAUUUGAAACUCUGGCAAAAAUAUUUUCCUCAAGCAUUAAAAAUAAUUAAAUAGAAUUGGUAAACGUUCUCGUUGUGUAAAAAAAAUCUAAUUUAUCUCAUAGCAAGUAACUGAUUUGAACAAAUAAAUCUGUAAAAUGGUUUCGUAAAACAGGAAAUAAAACAACA